ACGUGGUGCGGGUGGCAGCGGCGGCGGCGGCGGCAUCGGUGCGCGCGGGCAGGGGCAGCGCGGCGCCGAGCGAGCGGAGGCGAGGUCCCGGGCGGGUGCGGCGGCGCGGGGCGCAGGGGCGGCGCGGCCGGGCCGCGGGCCGGGCGGGUGGGCGGAGAGCGCGGAGGGGCGAGGCCCGGCUGCAGGGGCCGCUCGGCCCGGGAGGAGCCCGCGCCCCGCUCAGCCUUGCAGCCCCGCGCCCUGAGCAUCUCCCGGGAGAAACGGAGACAAAGGAGGAUUCAUGUCCAAAGGGCUCCCAGAGACCAGGACGGACGCAGCCAUGUCAGAGCUGGUGCCCGAGCCCAGGCCUAAGCCGGCAGUGCCCAUGAAACCCGUCAGCAUCAACUCCAACCUGCUGGGCUACAUUGGCAUCGACACCAUCAUCGAACAGAUGCGUAAGAAGACCAUGAAGACUGGGUUCGACUUUAACAUCAUGGUUGUUGGUCAGAGUGGACUGGGCAAGUCAACACUGGUCAACACGCUCUUCAAAUCCCAAGUGAGCCGCAAGGCCUCCAGCUGGAAUCGGGAGGAGAAGAUCCCCAAGACAGUGGAGAUCAAGGCUAUUGGGCACGUGAUAGAGGAAGGUGGUGUCAAAAUGAAGCUGACUGUCAUCGACACCCCUGGCUUUGGAGACCAGAUCAACAAUGAAAAUUGCUGGGAGCCCAUUGAGAAAUACAUCAAUGAACAGUACGAGAAGUUCCUGAAGGAGGAGGUGAAUAUCGCCAGGAAGAAACGCAUCCCUGACACUCGUGUCCACUGCUGCCUCUACUUCAUCUCCCCGACGGGACACUCCUUGCGACCUCUCGAUCUGGAGUUCAUGAAACACCUCAGCAAAGUUGUGAACAUCAUCCCCGUCAUCGCCAAGGCUGACACCAUGACCCUGGAGGAGAAGUCUGAGUUCAAGCAAAGGGUUCGCAAGGAGCUUGAAGCACACGGCAUUGAGUUCUACCCACAGAAGGAAUUUGAUGAGGAUUUGGAGGACAAGACGGAGAAUGACAAAAUCCGGCAGGAGAGCAUGCCCUUUGCUGUGGUGGGAAGUGACAAGGAAUACCAAGUGAAUGGCAAGCGGGUCCUCGGCAGAAAAACUCCCUGGGGGAUCAUUGAAGUGGAAAAUCUCAACCACUGUGAGUUUGCCCUGCUUCGAGACUUUGUCAUCAGGACCCACCUCCAGGACCUCAAGGAAGUGACACACAACAUCCACUAUGAGACCUACAGGGCCAAGCGGCUCAAUGACAAUGGAGGCCUCCCUCCGGGAGAAGGCCUCCUUCCACCCGUGCCAGCCACCCCCUGCCCCACUGCUGAAUGAAGGCCAUUUCAAGUGCUGCUUCUCCCUCCAUUCCUCUCAGCUGUUAUUGCUGCAGGGCCAUGACCUUUAAGGGCUGUUUGUCCAGCCUACUUCUAUAGCCCCCCUCCCCCCUCUGGCCCUCAGCAGGUGGGAGGGGCCAGCUGCUUUAGGACAGUCGCCUUCUCCAUUUAUCCAAACACCCCUCUCCUCCUGCUGGAAUGGAGUUCUCGCCAGCAUUGCCCUGCUCCAUUGUCUGUCAGCUGGUCCCAGCCCAUCUGUAGGGUGAAAGAACUCAUCAAGAGCUUUUGCCCUGGCAAAUCCAUACCAGCUACUUGUAACCAUCUCCAAGGGAAAUGGCAUUGCUCCCUGUCCAUCUGCAUGAGCUACUCUUGGCUUCCUUAAAGGGUCAAGAAAGCCACUUUUCUGCUUGUCAGAUUCAUUGAUGUCAGCUAUGUGAGCCCCGAUGUGGGACAAGGGUGUCUCCUUCAUUGCUUAAAGCUUAUUUAUAAGGAUGGGUCACUACAGAUGUUGGGGAGCAAGGGCUAGGAUCUCUUCUUUAAAAAUCAUCACUUGUGGCUGGCCCAGAGUGCGGGUACACACCCUCCCCACCCCAUAAUGCAGCCACGUAGGAAGAAUGGUUUUCCUGAAGAGACGUUUCUGGAGUUGACUUCCCCUAUCCUCAAUCUAAAAAAAAAAAAAAA